UUCUAAAGAAGAAGAAGAAGUUGUACGCAUGUGCAGAAAACAAAACUGGAGCGUGGAAAUAACAUCAAUUAGUUACAAAUUACAGUAAAAAGUGAUAAAAUGGAUGCACAGAAAGACAUACAGCAGCCGCCCAAGCAGCAACCUAUGAUCUACAUUUGUGGAGAAUGUCACACUGAAAAUGAAAUUAAGGCACGUGACCCGAUCCGAUGCAGAGAGUGUGGCUACAGAAUCAUGUACAAGAAGAGAACGAAGAGAUUGGUCGUUUUUGAUGCACGAUGAAGAGGAGAGCUGCAGAUUUUUGUCUUUAGCUGUUUUUUAAUUAUUAUUUUUGUAGCCUUUGACCAUGUAAAU